AUGAAUGGUGAGCUAGCGGGUUUUUUCAAAGGGGAGAAGGGGUUAAGACAAGGGGACUGCCUCUCACCAUAUUUGUUCAUCAUGGUCCUGGAGGUUCUCUCAAGGAUGUUGGACCUGAGGGCUAAGAAAGGCAAGUUUUCUGCACAUCCUUUGUGUAUCUCUCCUUGUCUCACUCACCUGGCAUUCGCUGACGACCUCCUUGUAUUCUCUGAUGGGUCGCAUCACUCCCUGAGCGGUGUUUGUGACAUUCUUCAGCUGUUUCACUCCUUCAUUGGGCUCGACAUGAAUCCAGUGAAAUCUGAGCUUUUCUUUGGAGGGUUCAAUGAGAUACUUGGGGUUGCCCCUAAGCUCCACCAACCUGUCUCUGCCUACUCUUCAGUCGUUCAUUCAAAAGAUAACGAACCAGUUGCAUUCCUGGACCGCCAAAAAAAUGCAACCUCCUCAGCAAGAGGUGCGCGAGUAGCAUGGUUGGACCUCUGUAAAACCAAACAUGAAGGAGGUCUGGGCAUCUGCUCCCUUGAAGAAUUCACAACAUUGUUUAGACUGAAGCAGGUGUGGCACCCUUUCACCAGGUCUGGUUCCCUUUGGGUCAGGUGGCUGGACUUUAAUGUUUUCGGCCACAGAAACUACUGGUUAAUGGAGAGUUCUCCGCGUUUGUCCUCGAACAUAAGGAAGAUGAUUGAACUCAAACCUACUUUCAAGAGAUUGGUCCAUUUUAAGGUGAGUUGGGACCAAGGGAGCUUCGUAUCCCCAAAGGGGCUACGGUUUGGGAGGCUACUCGCAAUGAACACUGGUUCCUGCCUAAUGCAAGGUCUCACCAAGUAG